AUGGCUCUCGUGCAGACCGACCCCGACGCGUAUGUGAUCAAGCCAGCGGCGGCUGCGCCUGCCAUCGACACCAGCGACUGGCCUUUGCUGCUCAAGAACUACAGCGACCUGCUCGUUCGCACAUCGCACUACACUCCCAUCCCCAACGGUUGCGCGCCGCUAUCGCGAGACCUCAAGUCGUACAUUAGCUCUGGUGUCAUCAACCUCGACAAGCCUUCCAACCCAUCCUCUCACGAAGUCGUGUCAUGGAUCAAGCGCAUGCUGAGAGUCGAGAAGACUGGUCACAGCGGUACUCUCGACCCCAAGGUCACUGGUUGCCUCAUCGUCUGCAUUGAUCGUGCCACCCGUCUUGUCAAGUCCCAGCAGGGAGCCGGAAAGGAGUACGUUUGCGUCAUUCGCAUGCACGACAAGCUUCCUGGAGGCGAGGCGCAGUUUGCGCGUGCCCUUGAGACGCUCACCGGAGCUCUGUUCCAGCGUCCCCCGCUCAUUUCCGCCGUCAAGCGUCAACUCCGUAUCCGAACUAUCCACGAGAGCAAGCUUUACGAGUUUGACAAUGAGAGGCAGCUCGGUGUCUUCUGGGUCAGCUGCGAGGCCGGAACCUACAUCCGUACUCUUUGCGUGCAUCUUGGUCUUUUGCUCGGUGUCGGCGCUCACAUGCAGGAGCUGCGCCGUGUCAGGUCUGGAGCUAUGGACGAGACCAAGGACCUGGUCACUCUGCACGACGUUCUCGAUGCCCAGUGGCUGCACGACAACAACCGCGACGAGGCCUACCUUCGCAAGGUCAUCGCACCUCUCGAGAGUCUUCUGAUGAGCUACAAGCGUAUCGUCGUCAAGGACAGCUCUGUCAACGCUAUCUGCUACGGUGCUAAGCUCAUGCUUCCCGGUCUGCUGCGUUUCGAGAAGGGUAUUGAGAUCCACGAGGAGGUUGUCCUCAUGACCACCAAGGGUGAGGCUAUUGCGCUCGCAUACGCGCAGAUGUCUGCCGUUGAGAUGUCAUCAUGCGACCACGGUGUUGUUGCGAAGAUCAAGCGUGUGAUCAUGGAGCGCGACCUUUACCCCAGGAGGUGGGGUAUGGGCCCAGUCGCCACCGAGAAGAAGAAGAUGAAGGAAGCUGGCACUCUCGACAAAUUCGGCCGCCCCAACGACAAGACUCCCGCUAAGUGGAACACCGAGUACAAGGACUUCAACAGGAACGACGUCGAUGGCGCUUCCGCACCUGUCGCUGAGACCACCUCCACAUCCGAGGUCCUCGCCGCUCCUGCUGUCCCCGCAACUGGUCUCGCACCUGCCGAAGAGGCUGAGGCGGAAGCCGAGGUCGCCGACAAGAAGAGCAAGAAGCGCAAGAGCCGUGGUGACGGUGACGACGAGGGUGAUGAAGACAAGGCCGAGCGCAAGCGCAAGAAGAAGGAGGAGAAGGCUGCGAAGAAGGCCGCCAAGGCCGAGAAGAAGGACAAGAAGAAGAGCAAGGAUGAUUCUGACAGCGACUCCGACUAA